GGGUGCCAGCCCAACGCCCAGCGCCAUAUGUCGUAUUUUGCCACGGGCUAACCACCGCAGCACCAACAUGGGAGCUUCUCAAUCUGAGCAUGAGUUUAAAGAUCUUGCAGAAAGGACUGGUUUCCGUCUGGACCAGAUCAAAAACUUGCACCAGAGGUUCAUGUGGUUGACCAACCAUCAAGAAACUUUAAGAAAGGAAGACUUUGAGAAAGUGUCUCAUCUUUCUCUCAAUCCAAUAAAGGGCCAAAUUGUCAAUGGCUUUUUUGACAAAAGAAACUUUGGAAAGCAUGAGGUGGGUGCUGUUGAGGAGAUUGGCUUUGAAGAGUUCCUGAUGGUGAUGUCUCACUUCAAACUCCCAAAUAAUCUCACAGAGGAAGAGACGGAGGACUUGAGGACACAGAAGCUUCGCUUUCUAUUCAACAUGCACGAUACAGACAACGAUGGGACCAUAACGCUUGAUGAGUACAGACACCUGGUCGAAAAACUUCUCUCCACUUGUGAAACCCUUGAACAAGACACCGCCCAAGCUAUUGCUGACGCUGCCAUGUUGGAAGUUGCAAGAAUAACAGUCGGGCACAUGGAGCCUCAUGAAGUCUACGAAGGAAUCACAUUUGAACAAUUUCAGCAGAUACUAAAAGGUCUACAGAUUGAGACAAAGAUGAAUGUUCGCUUCCUGGAGAUGGGCACCACUACGAUGCGCUGUGGGAAAUGAGACCUCUCUUUCAGUGUUUGUCUGCAGCAACUCCGAUGUUCUCCCAGAUGAAACCCUAAAUUUAGCAUCCAUACCCCCACCCCCACCCCCACCCCUCGUCUUCCUCGUUCCUUUCACUGGCAUUGCCCUCGUUGUGCCUUGCAUACAGCUUCAGAAUUAUGUAAACACCUCCGGCAGCUCAACAGCCUGAAGACUUUCACAUGACCUUUUACUGCUCAAGAUUUCUCAGAGAGUGAGACUGGCAUUCAGAGGCUUUGUCUUUCUUUUGUACCGGAUUCGAAGCCCACAUGAAAGGACAUUUUGAUGAAAUUGUUUCCCCAGGGCAGUGAAAGUAAAUUGAAGUGGAUUAUUAUAUAUUGAAAUACACUUGUUUUUCUACUUUGUAUAGAUGAAUUAAAUAAAGUAACUGUUAAAAGGAAAAAAACUCCACUGCUGUCUCCAAAUGUUGAGUCCUCAAGAAAGGGGAAAUCAUACACUCAUACUGUAAAUGGGCCAGUACCGGUUCUUCAGAGCAGAAGAACCUUUUUCAGUGCUUGAAAGAACCAUCGAGGCAACCUUUCACCUGAUGUAAUGGUUCAACACAGAAGUUUUGAC